GCCUUUGGUGUCACUGUUUCCCUCAUAUAGUAGGACGACUUUGAUUUUCUCUCGGGACCGAUGGCAUGUCUAGGUACCUAACCUACCUAAGUAGGAUCUUUAGCAUCGCACAAUAAAUCCCGGCAGUAAACGUGGCUUGACAAAUAGCUUCUUCAAUCCUCGAGCAACACUGAUAUAAUGACGAAGGUUGUCCCGAAUUCAUCGUGAGCGGUACCUGUCUAACACGGCCAGCUUCAGAUUUCUAGCCUUUCAGACUUCCCUACCUACCUAACCUACCCACACCUUCUUUCCACCAUGGCCGAUACAUCUAAACCGAUCCCUAUCGUCGUCUGCGGCAAGGCAGAAAUCGUUGGAAAGAUGGUCAUCGAGGGUUUGAAACCUGAGUAUGAAGUCAUCCUCUUCUGCCUGGGCAGCAAGCCAACAGCCGCCGAAUUACCAUUCAUCCUCCGCGGCAUCCCACCCCCCUCGCCGAGCAGCUCCCUCGGCACGGGCUCGUACUCGUCGACUCCGUACGCGGUCAUCAUGGGCGCGGCCUGGAGCGCCGAGGACGUGGCGAGCGUCAAGGCCGCCAUCGACCAGAACACGAUGCCUCCUCCUUUUCCUUCCGCCUUCGUCGAUACCAACCCCAACCCCCUACUCCGCGCCCCCAUCCUCCUCCGCAACGACACCUCCCGACCCACCCCCAAACCCCCCUCCCCCGAGUACGCCGCCCAGCUCGUCGUCCGCAUCCGCGCCUGCCUCGGGACGCUGCUAGCCGGGGAGAAGCCCGCCGGGCCUGGCGAGGAGGGCGUUGUGUGGUACUAGUAUUAAAUGGACUGACUUGAAAAAAUUAUAAAAAAAUAAAAACGAAAACCCCCCUAUUUUCGAGCAGCUAUGUUAUGACUAAGUCACUCACCACUUACCUCUGUUAGAAGCAUUGGGAAUCGGUUUGUAGUUCCUAAAAAAACCACAUCACAUGGAACUUAUGAUCGAGUAAAAGAGGUACGAGUGACGAUUGAAUGACUUUGGUGAUUAGGUAUCUUUAGAGUGUUCUUGUGUACAUAACAGGUAUCCCACAUGAUAUUUCUUUACCGGUAAAGGGGUAGCAGAAAAAA